GAUAAUUCUGACAGGUGCUCACAGUGUCGACAGAAAGGCUGCCCAUGCCAACCGGCUGGGAAUGUCUUGACAGCGGAUCAAGAGCGCGCCAUCGCAGUAAGUAUGCGGCCGAUGGCUACAGCGACUGGCGCACGCGGCCGCUCAGCGAGUCGCACUCCGGUGCCUCCGCCUCCAUCGUCAAUGGCUCCGCCCAGCUCGACCCAGUGGCAAGCGCCAGGUCUGCCACCGUCCCCAUCGCCGCAAUCAGCAUUGCGAGCUUUAAUUGACCGGAUAAUAGAGGCUCUCGACGCCAUGGACCCACCCGCGCUCGAGUGCACCAAUUCGAAGCGCAAGCGCGAGGAUGAGGACGACGACGCGGAUCCUGACAGCCCUCACCGGCCAUCGAUGGUCCACGGUUCCUCGGCUGACUCCUUGCCGGCUCCUUCAACACACAGGCAACGCGGCAAAAGAGGAGGUAAGAAGCACAAGAAAACGGGCGACGCUGAUCACACCGCGCGAACGUCGUCGCAUGAGACAGAGCCCGACGAGAGUCCCAGAAAUCACGAGGCAGAGCCCUCAGUGCGACUGGAACGUCCAGCUCCACCCUUGUUUCGAGACGGCCCUGCUGGCUCCAGUCGAGGUGAACCUCCUCCAUUCGAUCGGGCUGGUCCUCCUGGCUUUGAUCGAGGCAGCGCACCUGGCUUCGGCCGGGUUGACGCGCAUGGCUCUGCUUUUGGCAGCGCGCCUGGUUUUGCUCGCGGCAGCGCACCUGGCUUCGGUCGGUUUGACGCGCGUGGCUCUGCUCGUGGCAGCGCGCCUGAUUUCAGGCGAGUCGACGCUCCCGGCUCUGCUCGUGGCGGCGCUCCUGAUUUCAGGCGAGUCGACGCUCCUGGCUCUGCUCGUGGCGGCGCUCCUGAUUUCAGGCGAGUCGACGCUUCUGGCUCUGCUCGUGGCGGCGCUCGUGAAUCUGGGCGAGGCAGCACUCGUAGCAUUGGCGGUGACGACGCUCGUGAUCACGGCCGAGGUGACAGUCCUGUGUUUGGUCGAGACGGCGCUCCGCAUCCAAGGGGACGCGGACGCAGACGUGGUCGAGGUGGCAAUCG